AUGCUGGUCUUGCUGCGGAGCGGCAGGAUGCUCCUUAACGCCACCGUCCCUCUGUCGGUGGAUUUCGACACUCCGGAGGAUUUCCUCAUCUUCAUCUUCCACAUUCUGUUCGCCACUAGCGCUGUGCUGGUCGCCGGCUCGGUGGUCAUCGGGAUUUCCUCCACCCGGUCCCUGCGAGGCCAGAACCGCUUCAUAUUCAUGCUGAACACCAGCAUCAGUGACACUCUGACCGGCUUCUCGGUCUACUACCUGGGCCUGUUCGACGUCAAGGAGGGCUACCCCUCCAGGAACGGGACAUACUACAUCCUUCCGUCAUUUCUAGGUGUAAAUGUGUUAACCUUCCUCUUUGCUCAGUUUGAUCGCUACUUUGCUGUGUGCCAUCCUUUCUUUUACAACCGCUACAUAUCCAGAUCUGUAGUGAUCGGAAUUUGCGCAUUUUGCUGGAUCUACACCUACUUCAUCCUCACGGUGCAGAACAUGGUGCCCAUCUCCAAGGCGGCGCAGAUAAACGCGUUUGGUGUCAUGACUCUGCAGAUUAUAGUUCUCAUUAAAGUGCUUAUGACGGUUAAACUUUACAUUAUAGCCAGGAACCAGCUGGUGAGAGAGGCGCCCAGCGCGGAAAGAGACAACAAGAAGGAGUCGCUGCGCAUCAUUGUGUUUGUGGUGAUUUGUUUCUUGGCUCUGUGGUGUCCCUCCUUUGUUAAUAUCAUUGUCAGACAGUUGACCAGGAAAGGUUUGAGGUUCAGGAAUGAAGCCACCAACCUGUUUGCCAUCAUGGCGCGUCUGAACGCACUGGUCACUCCAGCUGUGUACAUCUGGGGCAGUCCUGCGCUGCGCGGGGCCGUGUGGAGAACAGUGUGGAGGAGGGUCUGUCCGAGGCACAGGGCGAGAAUUGGUUUCAACUUUGCUGGAGUGACAAAGGUAUCAUAAUGAAGCAGCAGGUUAUCAUAAAUACAGCAGACUAAAUCACCAACUGAAAGGGCACUUUUAAAUUCAUGUGAGUCAGGUUUUGAAUGUUUCCUUAAAAAACUGAUCAAAAAGCACUUAGCAGAUUGGGAGGUUUAACCCCUUUUUUUUGCUUGUGAAUUCACCUCUUUCAGAAAAUGUAAAUAUGAUCUGUUAUGAUUUAGAGAGGAGAAGUCAGCUGGCAUUAUUUCUCGAAGUGCCAUUGCCACAAAUUUCGAGGGUAAUCCUUCUGAGACCACGAAUUCUGACACUUUCUUUGGAAAUGAUGAUGUGUUUCCACUUUAAAUACCUCUGUCUGUCUUUUCAUUAAAGCGUUUAACAGAAGAAAAUAAAGUAAUGUGUGUCGAUUUCCUUAUUUUUAUCAAUUGCUUCUGUGGCUUAUUGGAAUAUGGAUUGGGUGCUGUAUUGCAGGUUUCAGAUUAAGUGUUUUGUUUUUGUUUUAUUUAAGUAUUGUAUGUCCAAUAUCUCAACUUGCUUUUCUUUAAUGCGCCUUUUGCACUUUUUGAGACACAUUUUAAGAAUAAAACGAAACAA